AUGCUUAAUAACAAAGUUGGUCAUGUUUUGAAUUGCUCUUGGACAAGUAACAACGUAUCAAAGCUAAAACAUUGUAUUAUAGCCAUGGAAUUGCUUGUCAUGGCUGCAAACAUGGCAGGAAUUUGUGCUGGUCAAGUAUUGAGAACGAAUGAUGCUCUGAAGUAUCAUGAUGCAUUUUUAGCCGUAUCUGUCGUCAGCAUAUUUUCUUUGCUAGUAGUAGCAUGCAUAAAUGUUCAAUAUAUUUGGAGCAACCACAAAUUGGAGCAGAAGUAUCCAUUAGCAAAUAAUCAUGUAGGCAAAGAAAAUAUUACAGCAGAAACUAGAAAGAUUGAAAUGAUAAUACCGUUAUUAUCGUAG